GUAGCAUAUCUAUGGUAGCUGCGUGCCCCUCCCCCGCUAUUGGGCCUCGCGUAAGCUAAGCUUUCUGGAAGCUUGACAGCUCCGCAACCCGCACCUCUCCACCCAGCUUCUCUUAACGUGUUUGCUCUGUCACCCGCUCUCUACGAAGAUUUUCGCUAUCUGCUUCUUAAAUUGCGAAAUCUUACCUCCCACUACUGUCUCUACCGCCUCAAAUCCGCCUGCACGACAUCACAGCAUCGCAGAGAUCCCCGCAUCCUUACCAAUAAUGCCCGACCCUCCCAUCGGCGACGAUGCCCUACUGGCCCGCCUCAACGCACUCAAGAAAUCUAGUGUCAGCUUCGAAAACGCUUCCUCGAGCUUGUCAGCACUCAAAACGAAUGCGUCAGACGACCUCGCGGCCCGGUUCGCCCGCCUAGGAUCCACGAGUCCGUCCAGCUCGCCUAGGCCUUCCCGCACAAGCAGUUCGGCAGAGGAGAGAAAUAAGGGCGCACCAGCUAUUGCUCCUGGUGCGCCAAGCUAUCUCGAGGGAAUAGCUGAGGGUAUCGGCGCAGGUGGGAGCGACAUGAAUACAGAGGAUGAAAGGAGUCUGGAGGAGUUACUUGGGGAGCUGGGGCCGCGAGACGACUGGGAUAUAGAUCAUAAAGACGAAAAAGAUGUUGGGAAGCUGCUAAGAGAGAUCAAAACUAUACUUCCAGAGGUACAGAAGAGUCGGAGGCAAGAACAAAAGGAGAAGGAGGGUUUGACGAACUGGGAGAAUGUGGAAGUUGAAAUCGGGACCGGGGGCGUGAAAGUUGGACAAGGAGAUCAGGACGGAGAGCACGACGACGAGCAGGCCGAAGAGGGUGAGGCCGGCAAGAAGAGGAGCGAGGACGACGAGGCGGACGAUAUCAUUGCGCGGGUUAUGGCCGAGCUGGAAAUCAGCAAGAAAUACGAUCCGCCUUCUCCCCCUCCUGAAGACGACAACGACUCGGAUUCUGGCGACCACAAGACAGACGAUCAGAACAACCAUCCGAAAUCAUCGGCUCAGAAUAGCAAUGAACUCUCUCUCCCCUCGGCGCCAACAUCCCUUCCACAAGACGACCUCGACCGCACCCAAGCCAUCGAAGACGCCCUCACCGCCCGCCUCGCCGCGCUCUCCUCUCCCUCGUCCCAAACAGACGCCCUUGGUCUUCCCUCUGCCCCGUCCUUUUCCCCAGCCAAGAAGCCAACGAACAUCCAGUCCAGCCUUGCGAAGAAGUUAGACGACGAGAUCGAGACAUGGUGUAUCAUUUGCAGCGACGAUGCUACGCUGAGGUGUCUGGGGUGCGAUGGCGAUCUGUAUUGUCGGAAGUGUUGGAUGGAGGGUCAUCGAGGGGAGAGCGCGGGGUUCGAGGAGAGGAGACAUCGGGCAGUGGAGUUUGUGAAAGGUGGGAAGAGGAGGAAGGAAGCUGCUGUGUGAGAGGGAAUGUAUGAUGUGAGCGCGAAGCUCUGAAAGAUUGCACGGAAUCGAGACGGGCGUGCACCGUAAAGAAAGCCUAACAUUUGCGAAAGGCACACGUCAAGGAUAUUCACCGUCCACCAGACGCGAUAGGGGACCGGAAACACUUCAUAGCCGGUGCGGGAGGCUACCCUAUGAGGAAAAGAAGCGGAACCCGAGCUCGAGCAGCUUUACCCGUCAGUCGAAGAGUGUAGAGCAAAAACCAUCUCAACCCGAGUAUGGAAACAGCAACACUCGAGCCCUUGACCUGCCGGGCCUUGCUAUAUCCACCACGCGGACUCACCAACCCGGAUAUAUCUCUCCCGAGGUACUCCGACUCGGGGUCGAUUCUGAUGGCG